GAGGACAGCUGUUCAGCUCUCAUUUCAGUUCUCAGUUCAGACUCCAGCAGUCUGAGGGAUCUUGACCUGAGCAAUAAUAAUAUACAUGAUUCAGGAGUGAAGCUGCUGGGUGGACUGAAAAAGAACUGUAAACUAGAGAAACUCAGACUUUCAAACUGCAGUAUCACUGAAGAAGGUUAUAAAGCUCUUGCUUCAGCUCUGAGAUCAAACCCUUUACACCUGAUAGAGCUGGAUCUCACAGGAAAUGAUCCUGGACAAUCAGGAGUGAAGCAGCUCAAUGAUUUACUACAGGAUGCAAACUGUAAACUGAAUACACUGAGGUUUUUAGGGCCUGCUGCAGAUGAAGCCUGUCAGGUUGUGUCUGGAAUUGUGGGUAAAAACCCAUUACUCCUGAGAAAUCUGAAUCUAGAACAACAGAACCUAGGAGACAAACAAAUGGAUCAGAUCGCUGCUCUACUGCGGGAUAAACACUGUAAACUCAACACAUUGAUGCUGAAUAAUAACAGCAUUACAGCAGAAGGUUGUGCUGCUCUGACUUCAGCAUUUAAUUCAAAUCCUUCAAACUUGAUAGAACUGGAUCUGAGUGGAAAUAAACUACAGAACACAGGAAUUGAGAAAAUCUGUCCUCUGUUGGAAAAUGCACAAUGCAGAUUAGAAAAACUGAAACUUGCAGAUUGUAGUAUUACAGAAGAAGGAUAUAAAACUUUGACUUUAUCUCUAAAGUCAAACUCACACCUGACAGAGCUGGAUCUUAGAGGAAAUUAUCCUGGACAGUCAGGAGUGGAGGGGCUCAUUGAUUUACAGCAGGGUGAAUGCUGUAAAUUAAAGACCAUCAGGUUUUUGAAAAGCCCUACUGCACAGGAGGCGUGUGGGUACCUCACUGAAGUACUAGGUACAAAUCCAUUAGUUCUGACAGAACUGGAUCUGAGUGAAGAUAAAUUAGGAGAUCUGGGUGGGGAGAAACUCUCUGCUCUUUUGAUGGACUCUCAUAGCAAAGUGGAAAAAAUGAAGCUGAAUAAUUGUAAGCUGACAGAGAAAAACUGUUUAGCUCUAGCUACUGUUCUCUCCUCCAAAACCAUCCUGAAAGAGAUGGACCUGAACAACAGUCGUCUGCUGGACUCAGGAAUCAAAGAGAUCUGUAAGGGACUGAAGAAUCCUGUGUGUGAGCUGAAGAUACUCAAGUGA